GCCGACAUCGAUAUAUCGGACGACGAGGGUCGGACGCCUCUUCACGCUGCCGUGGAGCGAGGUCACAAAGAGUGUGUGAGAGCGCUGCUCACCGAACUACUCAACAGGUUCCAGCUGUCUGCCCCGGCGUCUGUGGAGUUCAGUAACCUGGCGGCCGAGUCCAGUCCGGCCCACGCCUGUCCCGAGUUCGGGGCCAUCAUCAACCGGGCAGACACCAGCGGCAGGACGGCUCUGAUGCUGGCGGCCGAGGUGGGCAGCUCAGAGCUGGUGAUGCUACUACUGAUGCACGGCGCCCAGCCUGGUCUGACGGACCAGCAGGGACGGACGGCUCUCUAUUACGGGGCUGUGGGCGGUGCUGAAGAGAGUGUGGACGCCCUGCUGUGUUUUGCCGACUGUCAGCCGCUGGCCGCUGACACCACUGGUCGGACGGCGCUGCACGUGGCGGCGGCCGCCGGCCACGUGGGCGUCAUGGGCUCGCUGCUGCAGGCGGUGGGACGCGGCAAGGUGGACUCACUGCUCGACCGACAGCACCGCUCGCCGCUCCACUACGCCUGCCACAACAGUCACGAGGCGUGUGUCGAGCUGCUGCUCCAGUACACCGACUCCAAGACGCUGGUCGGCGCGCCCUUCUCGCCAUUCCACGCCGCCGCGUACCAGGGUAACGAGCACUGUCUGUCCGCGCUGCUCACCCACUUCGGCUCGGCUCCGCUGGCCGGCGCCGACGGCCGCGGCCGGACGCCGCUGCACGUGGCCGCCGAGCGCGGCCGGCGCGACUGUGUGCCGCUGCUGGUGACCUGCCGGGAGCCACUGACCGCCGGCGACCGACAGGGACGGACCCCGCUGCAGACGGCCGCGCGGCACGGACACCUCAGCACCGUCGAGUGUCUGCUGGACGCCGGCUCCCCGGCUGGUCACCGGGACCGCGGCGGCCGAACGGCCCUCCACCUGGCCUGUGAGGCCGAGCACAGCCGCGUGGCCGUGCGACUGGUGGAGCGGGUCGGUAGGCCGGCACUGCUCAACAUCACGGACAAGGCCGGGCAGACGGCGCUGCACGUGGCGGCCCGGCGCGGUCUGGUGGACGUCACGGACGCGCUGGUCAGCCACGGCGCCUCUGUGAGCUGUGUGGACGCGCGCGGCUACACGCCGGCGCUGGCCACCACUGUGUCGGACGCGCACGCCGACUGUCUGUCACUGAUCCUGGCCGGAGACAGGGCCGACCGGAUGGCGACGUCCGUCCGGCUCUCCAGCGGCUCCAGCCAGCGGCUCAGCGAGACGGGCUCCGCCAUGAAGAGACUCUCUUUGGCGGCGCACCUGGAGUCCAGUCUGGAGGAACAGACUUACCAGAGCUCAGACUCCGAGUUCUACUGAUAAACUCCAGUCUGGAGCCCUGGAGUCCAGUCUGGAGGAACAGACUUACCAGAGCUCAGACUCCGAGUUCUACUGAGUUCUAGAGUCCUGGAGCCCAGCCUGGAAGAAGGGACCUACCAGAGCUUCGACUCUGAGUUCUACUGACCGACUAGACUCCAGUCUGGAGUCCAGCAGGCACAUCUGGAGGAUCAGACGCAUCGUAGCCCCGACUUUCAAGUUCAAGUAACAGACUGACGACGUUCUCCAGUGCCCCGAGAAGUGCCUGCCCGCGGCGGCCGGCCGGCCGACUGGAGGCUGUGUCUGCGGCCGGCGGAGGGGGAGGGACUGAGGCGGCCGGCCGCCCCUCGCUGCUGAUUACGCGCUGUCCGGCCGCCGCUGACGCGAUUAGCGGCCGUGCGCCGUAUGUAGCGCGGGGCUCAGAGUCGUCCGUGCGUGUGACGGGAUCUCAUUGUACUGGGACGCCGCGGCCGUACCUGAUGGGACCACCGGCUGGGGUCUGUGGGACCGAGGUGUCCGGCCCAGCCGCCGGGGAGGGCCGCACAGCAGCUGAGGACAGCGCUCCGUCCGCCCGCGCGGUCCGGGACCAAGUCUCGCAGGAGGUGCGAUAUUAGUCUUCACAGACCAUAACCGUAUAUACAGCUAGUGGGCCGACAAUAAUCCACGGGGAAGGUUUUGGUGGGAGUGGCGGGGUCGCUGCGGCCCUUGCAGAGCUGUUGUAUGGUGUUUGGGAGGGAGAAAGGAUAGAGUGGCGGAGGGAGAGCGGAGAGAGUGGCGGAGGGAGAGCGGAGAGAGUGACGGAGGGAGAGGCGGAGAGAGUGGCGGAGGAAGACCGCCAUUUAACAAUGCCGACGUUGGUACCUGUUGACUGAGCCCGUGUGCUCUGAUAUGAUCUGCGCUUCCAUUCCGUGCCAACUGGGCCUUGGCUGAAGGCCGGUCGUCCAUAAGAGGCAGUGUUAUUCGCUUAACUCCGUUUAUUCCGGUCGGGUCGCGCCGUGCCUUGGUGUGCGUACUAAAUGGUGCCUUACACAAUACACACCCACACAUACCAUGUACUGUGAUAGGUGCCGGGGUAGUGCGGGCAGGCGUGGCUCUCCGCACGGACCAGACUGUUAGUAGGUAUGUUGACUGGCCACCGGGACCGUGUCACAAGUUACAGCUCUGGGCGUCUGUGGCCUGUGCGCCUGUUGAACCCACUGCGGAGACGAAUGGUGCAGCAAUAUACAGCCGGUCCCG